AUGCCUCAAGCCAACUCGACUUGCCCACUCAAAAAGGAAUCUAUAGCAAGAAACAGCCUCCAGCCUAAUAAAGACUCGUUAUACUCGGAGAAGGAGGAGACCCAAAGAGACAUUGACUAUGACGUGGCUCAAAAUCAAUUUUCCGACUCUAUAAACAAGAAUGAACGUGCACCACAUCGGCCAGAUGGCGAUCCAGACCUCUACCCCGAGGGAGGCUGGAGUUCCUGGAGCGUUGUAAUCGGUAGCUGGAUGGCCAGUUUCAGCACAAUUGGUAUGAUGAACAGCCUGGGCAUUUUCCAGACAUAUCUAGAAGCACAUCAACUACGAGAUUACUCGUCUGGCAAAAUUGGCUGGAUCCUUGGUGUCUACUCAUUUCUUGCCUUCUUCUGUGGAAUUCAGGUUGGUCCGAUUUUCGACGCAAAAGGCCCACGCAUUCUUGUCACCUGUGGUGGGAUUGGGACUAUACUCACCAUGGUACUACUGGGGUUUUGUACCAAAUACUGGCAUUUCAUGCUGGUUUUUGGGGUCCUGGGAGGCGUGAGCGUAUCACUUGCCUUCAACCCCGCAAUCUCAAUAGUUGCACACUACUUCCGCCGAAGAAGAGGCUUCGCAACGGGUAUUGCGUCCUCAGGGGCAUCUUGUGGGGGUGUGGUGUUUCCUUUACUUUUUCAAAGCGUCGCAAGUCAGGUCGGAUUCGCAUGGGCCACUCGGGUUAUAGCUCUCGUGGACCUGAUAGCCUUUGGUGUGGCCAUAAUCCUCAUCCGCUCCCGGCUUCCCCCCAAAGAAACCGGUGUCAGAGCACUGUUUCCAGACCUUUCUUUAUUCUGCAACGGUACCCUCAUGCUUGCUAGUAUGGGGAUUUUCUUUAUGGAGUGGGGCUUGUUCGUUCCUCUCACGUACUUGACAUCCUAUGCUCUGAGCCAUGGGCAAUCCUCGCAAUUCUCUUUCUUGUUAUUGUCCUUGGUUAAUGCGGGCUCAGUCUUCGGCCGGUGGAUCCCAGGCUACUGUGCCGAUCGUAUUGGUCGGUUCAAUACACUGAUCAUCACAAUUCUUGGCUGUCUGCUUUGUAUCACUUGUCUGUGGGUCUCCGCGGGGACUAGUCAAGCUGUGAUUACAAUUUUUGCUCUACUGUUUGGUUUCGCCAGUGGCAGUAAUGUUAGCCUCGCUCCUGUCUGCAUCGGGCAGCUAUGCAAACUUGAAGAAUACGGCCGCUACUAUGCGACAGCUUAUGUGAUUGUUAGCAUAAGUACCUUAACUGGGAUUCCCAUAGCCGGCCAGAUCCUGACCGCAUGUGGUGGGGAAUAUCAAGGUUUGAUAGCCUUUGCGGCAGCCAGUUAUACCGCAAGCCUUAUAUGCCUCGUUAUCACAAAGCUUUUUUGUUGUGGCUGGAAUCGACCAUGGGCAACCUUCUAA